AUGAACGAAUUAAGCAAACUUUUUCGAGAAGAUCCAGAGGAAAAGGCAAAAUCUACCUCUUCAUGGAUUGCCAAUCUAGCAUCGGCGACGAACAAGAAUCGACGUACGGAACCAAUAACUACACCUAUGUCAUACCACAAAUCUAUACCAAAACUUACGCUUACGAAGUUCGACAGUGACCCUCUAAAGUGGACAGAUUGGCUCGGUAUGUGCGAAGCAAUCAUUCACCGGUCGGAGAUGUCACCCUUCGAGAAAAUAACCCACCUUCAACAGAACGUUGUUGGAAAGGCGAAAUCCGUAAUCGCCGGCUUUCGCUACAACGGGAACCUUUAUCACCGAGCGUUAAAGAGUUUCCAAAACCGCUUUGGAAAACCUCAUGUCGUAGUCCAAGCCCAUCUGGAUAAGCUUUUGAAAGUGGCACCAGUUGCAGAGGACGACACUGGUAGUGUUUCGGCAUUCUCCACCGUAAUUAACAAUAUUGUUUGGACAUUCCAGGACCUGGGCUAG